GUCACGCACACACACGCAGAAUGUCUGAGCUCUCAGCAGCCACAUCCACGCACGCAUCAUCAGAUCUGGUCUAGUCUGAUCUCUGCAGGAUCUGAACGAUCAGACGCUGGUGAUGGGUCGCUGACAGCGCCGCUGAGGUCAUUUCUAUCAGCUCUGUGAUUGGCUCACUCUGUUUUUGUGACUGCUGUCACCAUGGCGAAGAGUCCAGAGGUAAAACUGGCAGUUUUUGGCAGUGCAGGAGUGGGCAAGUCAGCUCUGGUGGUGAGAUUCCUGACCAAACGUUUCAUCUGGGAGUACGACCCCACACUCGAGUCCACAUACCGCCAUCAGGCCAACAUCGAUGAUGAGACGGUUGCCAUGGAGAUCCUGGACACAGCUGGACAGGAGGAUGUGCUGCAGAAGGAGGGUCACAUGCGCUGGGCGGACGGCUUCAUUAUGGUGUAUGACAUCACAGACCGCGGGAGCUUCAAGGACGUGACGCCUCUGAAGGGAUUCCUGGACGAGGUCAAGAGACCCAAACACAUCCCGCUGGUGCUGCUGGGAAAUAAAGCGGAUCUGGAACACGCCCGUCAGGUCUCUACGGAGGAGGGCGAGCGGUUGGCGGCGGAAAUGGCCUGUGCGUUUUACGAGUGCUCGGCGUGCUCGGAUCUGGUGGGCACGGGCGGCGGCGUGGCUGAGGCUUUUCACGAGCUGUGCCGCGAGGUGCGUCGCAGACGGGCUGUACAGGGCAAAACACGCCGCAGGAGCUCCACCACACACGUCAAACAGGCCAUUAACAAGAUGCUGACGAAAAUCAGCAGUUAAACACACAGAGGCCCGAGAGAGCCCGUGUACGGACCGCUGUUUCUAUUCUCAACGAAGACAAGUGUGAACAUUGUGCUUUAACAGCUAUUGUACACCCACCAGCUAAAAACAUCAACACAAACCUCUCAACAUUAUUAUUAAAAACAGAGGAACAAUAAGAGUUAAAUGUGGUUAAGUCUGUCAAAGCUUCUGCUGUUUCUUUGUGUCUGAAAAACAAAUCAUUUAUUGAGUCAUCGGUGGAGGAAUUUUGGCACAGAAGAUGUUAACAUUUGAAACAGACCUCAGGGAAGAAAAUGAAACGUCUAUUUUAAACGUUAGGAGCCCGUGAAGUGGUCUGUAAACACAACAGCCAUGUGAUUUUUUGUUUUUCAUCAGUCUGUUGAGUAUUUGUUCUUACGGCUGAAGUGAAGGAUUCAGUGAAAUGUCAACAGAGAUAUCACCAUCACCGCACAGACAUCAUUCAUCAAACAAAACUCACUGACAUCAGAGGAGAACACCCGCCCGCCGAACCUCAGGAACGUCUCCUGAACAUCUCAAUCUCAACCGGCCAUCAACAUUUUUGUCAUGUUAUAGGAAAGAUUAUUUAAAAGUGUUUGUGUCUUUCUGUUCUGUCACAUUCCUAACAUCAAAAACACAAGAACAAACAUGAGCAUUUCUGCCUUCAUGAAAACAUGUGUACACACGUGAAUCUGAUGAUAAAGCACACAUCUGUGCGUGUGUGUGUGUGUUUACUGCUUCUGAUAUUGUAGAUAAUGUGUACAGUACAAAGAACCCUACAGAUGUGUGUGUGUGUAAAGUCCCUUUCACUCAUACAGUCUUUACUGGUAAAUUGUCAGAAAAUUGCAGUAAACAUCAUGUGUGAACAGGACCUGUGUGUGUGUGUGUGUGUGUGUGUGUGCGUGUGUGUGUGCGUGCGUGUGCGUGUGUGUGUGUAAAUGACAUGAAAGAAGAAUCAUGAGAAUAAUGAAGUUGUAUUGAGAUGUCAGGAGAAGCACGUGAAAUAUGUAAUGGAUAAUGUACAGGCAGCCGGUUGUUAUCGCAGAAAUAUCGCAAUUGUUAUUUCACGAUAAAAGCCGACGGCUUGUACAUUAUCUAACUUAUAACACGGCUACUUGCCACAUGAGAGGAAAAAUUGGACAUGAAAUGUGAAUUUGAAAUAUUUUUUUAGCUCAUUUUUUCCGAAUGCAGACCUUCCGUUUAACUUCCGGUUUUAAGGUUAAAAACAAAGUCAAAUGUCACGAACAGGUAAUUUGGUUUAAUCGUUUGUAAACAUAAUGUCAUACAUGUUAUUAAAAGACAUAUUUAUAUUUAAUUUGUAUAUAAAAAACUGUCGAAAUGAUUUGCUGCAUCAUGGUUACAGUGUGUUAUACAGUAGUUUUGAGAGGUUAUCUGGGAAUAACAAACCUGCAAAUGUCUCGACUGGCCAAUCAGAAUCAAGCAUUCCAACGAGCCGUAUAAUAAUUGAAAUUAACACACAAUCAGCUCCAGAAUAAAGAAGGUUUUUGUGUCAAAAGAUACAAACCCAACACUAAAAACAUGUGUCAUCAUUCUCCCGUCUCAUAAUUUUAAUCUCAGUGGAAAGUUUUCCUUUAACAUUAUCAUGAAGAUUAUUUGAAGUGAUCAUUUCUGUUUCAACAGAACUUCACGUAAUCGCACAGAUGUGAAAUAUUUUUUACUUUCAGUUCAAAGUAUCAGGGUGAGGUAGAUCAACAACAUUACUACAUCCCAACACAAAACACACAGUUUGUGUGUCUCGAUGUAGAGAAUGCACAUGUCUUGUAAAGUGUUUGUGCAAAAUGAAAUGAAACCUCAAACACACCCUGUUCAGAAUGUAAAGGUUAUCAUCAUCAGUACAGUGUUGUAUUAUGGGCUGCUGGAUUAUAUUUCUAUUACAGUCAUGACAAACAUCACUAGAAGUGCUCAAGAAUGUAUCUGAUAAUAAAAAAUAUCAAGACUUGAUUUACCAUCAUCAUCAUCAAUACAUAUGAAAUACAAAUGAACAGCUAACUUCAGCAUAAUGUGUGUGUGUGUGCGUGUGUGUGUGUUUGGGUGUCGUCUGGUGUGUGUGCGUGUGUGUAUGGGGCGUGUCAUGUUCAGAUGAAGGAUAAUUACAUGUGUGUGUCUGUAAAUAGAAGCCACAGAGCAGCACAAACUUAACAUCUGAGUCUAUAAACAGCAGCUCAACACUAAACAC